AUGGAGAACAGAGAGCCGGACACACUGCGGAUAAGGCAAGUCUUGCUUCUCUUUGUCUUGCUGGGAAUGUCUCAGGCAGUCUCUGAAUCAGGGCGGUUUUCUGUGGCGGAGGAAAUGCAGAGCGGGAGUUUUGUGGGCAAUUUGAUAAAAGACAUGGGACUGGAGCUGGGGGAGCUGGCCUCACGGGGGGCCCAGGUGGUCUCUAAGGAUAACAAACAUCAUUUGCAGCUGGACAUAAGCACAGGAGACUUGCUUCUAAGGGAAAGGCUAGACCGGGAAGAGCUCUGUGGCUCCACCCAGCCGUGUGUGCUGCAUUUCCAAGUGUUAAUGAAAAACCCCUUACAGUUUUUUCGAAUUGAGCUCCAGGUCAGGGACAUAAAUGACCACUCUCCCGUUUUUCUGGAAAAAGAAAUGCUUCUAGAAAUUCCAGAGAAUACUCCUGUUGACACUGUGUUCUUACUGGAAAGUGCAAAGGAUUUAGAUGUAGGGAUCAACACACUACACAACUAUACAAUCAGCCCCAAUUCCAACUUCCACGUUAAAAUUAGAGUUGAUCCAGAUAAUAGGAAAUACCCAGAGUUGGUUUUGGACAAGGCGCUGGAUUACGAAGAACAGCCUGAAUUCAGUUUCAUCCUCACCGCUCUGGAUGGUGGGUCUCCGCCUAGAUCUGGGACUGCCUUUGUUCGGGUAGUUGUUGUGGAUAUCAAUGAUAACUUCCCUGAAUUUGAACAGCCUUUUUAUGAAGUGAAGAUUCCAGAAAAUAGCAUCUUGGGGUCACCGAUUGUGACUGUCUCAGCUUGGGACUUAGAUUCUGGAACAAAUGGGGAAAUAUCAUACAGUUUUUCUCACACCUCAGAAGACAUUUACAAGACAUUUGAAAUUAAUCAAAAGUCUGGAGAAGUUAGUCUAACAGGACUCUUGGAUUUUGAAACUAUUAAAUCAUACUCAAUAAUUAUUCAAGCCACAGAUGGAGGUGGUCUGUUUGGAAAAUCAACAGUGAGAAUUCAAGUGAUUGAUGUGAAUGACAAUGCACCUGAAGUGACCGUGUCAUCAAUGACCAGCCCAAUACCUGAAAAUUCCCCUGAGACUGUGGUUCUGGUUUUCAGUAUCAUAGACAGAGAUUCUGGGGUCAAUGGGAGAAUGAUUUGUUCCAUCUCUGAAGACCUUCCAUUUAUGCUAAAACCUUCUGAUGAGAAUUACUAUUUAUUGGAAACAAAGGGAACACUGGACAGAGAAAGCAAAGCAGAGUACAACAUCACCAUCACCGUUACCGACCUGGGCACCCCCAGGCUGAAAACCGAGCACAAGAUAACCGUGCUGGUCUCCGACGUGAAUGACAACGCACCCACCUUCUCCCAAGCCUCCUACACCCUGUUCAUCCGCGAGAACAACAGCCCCGCCCUGCACAUGGGCACCAUCAGCGCCACAGACAGAGACUCAGGAGCCAACGCCCAGGUCACCUACUCGCUGCUGCCGCCCCACGACCCGCACCUGGCCCUGGCCUCCCUGGUGUCCAUCAACGCGGACAAUGGCCACCUGUUCGCGGUGAGGUCGCUGGACUACGAGGCCCUGCGAGCCUUCGAGUUCCGCGUGGGCGCCACGGACGCGGGCUCCCCCGCACUGAGCAGCGAGGCGCUGGUGCGCGUGGUGGUCGUGGACGACAAUGACAACGCGCCCUUCGUGCUGUACCCCAUGCAGAACGGCUCUGCGCCCUGCACCGAGCUGGUGCCCAGGGCGGCCGAGGCGGGCUACCUGGUCACCAAGGUGGUGGCGGUGGACAGCGACUCUGGCCAGAACGCCUGGCUGUCCUACCAGCUGCUCAAGGCCACGGAGCCCGGGCUGUUCAGCGUGUGGGCGCACAAUGGCGAGGUGCGCAUGGCCAGGGUGCUGAGUGAGCGCGAGGCACCCAAGCACAGGCUCCUGGUGCUGGUCAAGGACAAUGGGGAGCCGCCCCUGUCUGUCACCGUCAUGCUGCACGUGCUCCUGGUGGAUGGCUUCUCUCAGCCCUACCUGCCUCUGCCUGAGGUGGCCCCUGAGGAGCCCCACGCUGACUCCCUCACUGUCUACUUGGUCAUCGCGCUGGCCUCGGUCUCCUCACUCUUCCUCUUCUCUGUGCUCUUGUUUAUUGGGGUGCGGCUGUGCAGGAGGAGCAGGGCCACCUCGCUGAGUCACUGCUCAGUGACCGACGGCCGCUUUCCAGACCACUUGGUGGAGGUUAGUGGCAUGGAGACGUUGUCUCAGAGGUAUCUCUAUGAGGCAUUUCUGACAGGAGGUGCAGGGACAAAUGAGGUCACAUUCAUGAAGCCAGUCAUGUCCAAUUUUCUAUCCCAAGACCCUGGAAAAGAAAUAGAGGAAAAUCCUUCCUUCCGGAAUAGCUUUGGGUUCAAUAUUAAGUAA